AUGUUCGACAUAUCCUGGAUAUUCGGCCAUGGCAAAACAUCCUACACCUCCCACAAAUCACCCGCACCCCUUAAAACCAAGUCGGGCAAAGAUACCACCCUCCCAGAACUAGCCGCCUCCUCCAUCCCCCCAUGUCGUCUCAAUCCCUUCCUCUUCAACGGCCAUCUCCAAACCAUGUAUACAGCCGUCAAAGACCCCGGUCCUCCAAUCCACUACAAGCGUCAAAUCUUCACCUCAGACCACCCCGUCUACCCAGGCACCUUCGCCAUCGACUUCGUCGUCUCCCCCACCAAAGCCAGCAGUCCAGCAGCAGACGCAGACGCAGACACGGCCUCCUCCCCCACCCUCCCAGAACGCACCACCAACUUCCUUCCUGAAGAAUGGACCAGCCUCCCGAACCCCACCGACACCACACCCAUGCUCAUCGCCCUGCAUGGCUUAACUGGCGGCUCCCAUGAAGUCUACCUCCGCGAGACCCUCGCCCCCCUAACCAGCAACGGCUGGGCCGCCUGCGUCGUCAACGGCCGCGGCUGCGCCCUCUCCCGCAUCACCACACCGCAGCUCUUCAACUCACGCGCAACCUGGGACGUCCGCCAGACCAUCAAAUACCUGCAUGAGAUAUUCCCCAACCGGCCGCUCUAUGCCGUCGGCUUCUCACUCGGCGCCAACAUCCUCACAAACUACUGCAGCGAGGAGGGCGACGCCUGCAUCCUGAAUGCGGCCGUGGCCUGCAGUAACCCCUGGAAUCUGGAGCUGUGCAAUACCGAGUUGCAGCGCACAUGGUUGGGGCUGGAGGUGUAUGCGCGCACCAUGGGGAAAAAUCUCAUGGGCUUGUUUGAGAGGCAUCGCGAGCAGAUUUUGCAGAUUGAGGGUGUGGAUGAGGAGAUGGUGAGGAAGAGUCGGUACAUUUUUGAGUUUGAUCGACAUGUGCAGUGUCCGACAUGGGGGUAUCCUUCUGAGGGGGCGUAUUACCGCGAUGCGCAAAGUGUGGAUGCUUUGUUGGGCGUCAGGAUACCGUUUCUGGGUAUCAAUGCUGAAGAUGAUCCGAUCUCCUCCAAAGCAGCCAUUCCCUACCAAGAAUUCAAACAGAACCCUUACGCCCUCCUCUGUACCACAAACUGGGGCGGCCACCUGGGAUCCUUCCAGCUGGGCGGAGGACGCUGGUUCGCCGUCGCCGCAUCGUCCUUUCUCGCCAAAAUGCACCAGGAUAUCGACCACGACGCUUCUAGGCUGGAGCGCAAGAAGACAAAGGUCGAUACACCAGAGAAGAAGUACCCGAUUUUUGACCCAAAUAAUCGCCGUUUGAUAUUACCAGAUGCGUGA